GCGUAGGCUUGAGCCAAUGGGAGUGAGCGUUGCGGGGCGAACGCUCAGUUGGCGGACCAAUCGUGACACGCCUGAAUCUCGCUGCCUUCGGAGCCCCGGAGAUGCUGCCGAGCUCUGGCUGAAGGGAGCGGGUCUUGGAGCCGUCGCAUCGCCUUUCAUGUGGAGCCUCGUGAAGGAGCGCCAUGUCUCAGCGAGUACGGAGGAACGGCUCGCCCACCUCCAGUGGCGUCGCAACGUGCACCGGUAGUGUGGGCGCCGGCAGCCGUCUACUGCCCAUGAAAGCCACGGUUCCAUUCCAGCUGAAGCCGCAGCAGUCGCCUCUGCCACCCCCUCCGCUGCCCCCCUCUCCUCCUCCGCCACCACCACCGGGCUCCACGCGGGGCAGCCCCACGGUAGCGAUCCUUGGCUCUCCCUGCGCAUCUCCUCCACCUACGACCUGCAGGGUGAGGCCUCCCAGGGGAUCUCCGGAGAGGAAAAGUCCAGGCUCUCCUCGAGAAAGACCACGGCCCCCUCCGGUGAGCCCCUCCAGUAACAACAUCCGGCGGACGUCUUCUUUGGACACCCUUGCAGCCCCUUACCUCUCUGGACACUGGCCACGGGACGGGCACACGCCAUGUGCACCCUGCAUGAGGGACAAGGCCACACAGACCCCCAGUGCCUGGGCUGAAGAAUAUUCAGAAAGGAAGAAAGGCUCCCAUAAACGAUCUGCUUCCUGGGGAAGCACUGACCAGCUGAAGGAGAUUGCCAAGCUGCGUCAACAGCUGCAGAGGAGCAAACACAGCAGCCGCCACCAUCGGGAGAAGGACCGCCAGUCACCCUUUCAUGGCAACCACAGUGCCAUUAACCAGUCGCAGACCCACAUUCCAAAGAGCGUACUCAUCCCCAUCCCGGUGUCCAAGCCCACAGCCUGCCGCUUCCGGAACAGCGUCGAGGGGCUCAACCAGGAGAUCGAGCGCAUCACCAUCAAGGAGGGCGGCUGCCGUGAGGAGCAGCUGCUUCCUCAGGAUAUCCCAGAUGGCCACCGGGCGCCCCCUCCGCUCCCCCUCCGCAGCAGCAGCACGCGCAGCAUCGACACGCAGACGCCGUCGGGGGCCGACAGGAGUAGCAACAGCAGCAGCCGCUCGCACUCGGUGUCACCGUCAUUCCUGGCCGUCACCAUGGAGGGCGGGGGGGACAGCCCCUGCUUGGCGGAUGACUUGUUACCUGAUGGCAAGGAGACAGCAGAAUACGGUGCCAGCUCACCGCUGCCCAAAUACGCCUGCUCGCCCAAACCGAACAACACGUACACAUUCAAGCGGGAGCCACCCGAGGGCUGCGAGAGGGUGAAGGCUUUCGAGGAAGGCGCGCCCCGGCAGAUGCACGAGGUGCCACCAUUCUAUGCGCCCGACAAGAACAAAGUGAACUUCAUCCCCAAGAGUGGCUCGGCCUUCUGCCUGGUGAGCAUUCUCAAACCUCUGCUGCCCACCCCAGACUUGACAUUUAAGAGCUCCACGCACAGCCUGGCAUUACUGCCCAGCAAUGGUGAGCAGGAGCGGGUCUCUCGUGGCACGUCGACAAGCAGCCAGCAGCCGCCACCGCUGGCCCGGUACAUCGAGGAGUCCGACGGCUAAGCGGCAUCGCCAUGACAGACUUAACCAAACGGCAGCUGCCUUACCUCCCCAAAGAGUGCGGUGCCAGGCUUUUGAACUAAAGUGGGCAGCAGGGUGGCCCCCUGGACAGAAGGAGAUGUGACCGGUCCCAAGUGGCUUGGG